CCUCAGAAGAGCAGAAACACAAGAGAGAGAGUGAAUUUAUAGAGCUCCGAUUUUUCGCACAAAACCGAUGAGCAACAAAUCAGAAUGGUUGUUUUAUCCUGGAGGCGACCGGCUGAUAGUCUGCUGUCCGCAAUACGAGGCAGUGUCGCGAACGUCUUAAAGAGAGCGACCUAGUCCGCGACUCAGUCAAAUUCGGUAACCUAAUUUUUCUUGUUCGAUUUCUAACAUAAUCUCCUCGCCAUCGACGUUGUUGAACUCGUUUUUUAAUUUAUUCCCCUGUUUCUCUGGUUCCUCGUUUAUGUGGGUUCCUCACAACUGAUCUCUAAUUGGUUGGUAAUCUGAACGAAAAGAAGGAUUAAUCAAUUGGGAGUUAGACAAGUGAACUUUGUCGUUUCCCUCCUCUAUCAUGUUCCUCUACUUCGUUCUUCCUUAGUUCCUUUGCUACUUACCCUUCACCCUUGAGAAUGCAAAUGUAUUUGGAUCUUAAUAGAGUAUAGUGGAGUAGAUUUAAGUUCAAAAUGAUGGGUAAUCUGACAAUGAUGAAUGAUAUCGCCCCGUGAACGGGGUUGGGUUUGCUAGUGUUGCCCUCUACUCCUGUUCAUCAACCCGCCGACAAUGACGAAUUAACCAGACAAUUGAACUGGUUAUGGAUGGGUUCUGAGUUCUGGGCAUGUCUUCUCAGACUUCUCCCCUUUCUCCGCCAAGCAUUUCACGGUGACCAACGUCCCAUCGCUGGAAAGAACAACUCGAUAAUCCUUCCCCAAAACCCCGCAGGCCGCACCUCCCGUUGACUUAUUAUUUUUUUAUUUUUUAAUUUGACACGUCAUUAAGUUAACAGUCCAGUCAUUAGUUCUGUUUGUCACGUCAUCAAAAAACUUACGGAGUUAACGGAGUCUGACGGAGACUAACGGCCGAUGACUAACGGUGAAACGAUUCAUAAAGUUAGUAGCGAUUAAGAAAGAAAAAUAAUUUAAAUGGCAAACAUGAAAGAUUUAUAUAAUUUGAGUGACCAAACGUGUAAUUUAGCCGGCUUUUAUAUAUCAACUCUGCACUUACUACAUUGGACACAAAUUCUUUAUAAAAUUUAUAUAAAUCAAAUCAGUGGGAUUGAAUCCAAUUCAACCCGUCAAUCACAAUUCACAACUCAAUUGCUUAAUCAAAUUCGAUGCUCCAAUGCGGAAUGACAUUCUUAUUGUGUAGUGUAGCCCAUAUAAAACAACAAUCCACCUACCACCACAACAAAAUAUCCCAUCCUCUGUUCAUUUGCUCCACUGGACAGCAGAUCAGACUAUCGAUGUGCAUCUAAGUCCAUCACCUCCCACGGAAGAUUCUAGCUUGCCAACGUUUAACAGGAAACCCUUUCAUCUCUAAGGAAGCUCCAAAUCCAAUCAUGGCCGGCCGUUGUGCGCCCCACCUGUCCAACACAGUGACAAAUAUAAUACCGUAAUUUGGCCAGGCAUUAACCAUUUCUUUUUCUUUUCUAUUAUCCCUCUGUUCGGUUCUGCUAUGGCCGCUGUUCCCUUUAAAUUGAAAAAAGCUGAAGCUUUCUCUUCCUAAACUUCGUCCCUUUCCUUCCUAUCUAAAACUAAAACCCACCCUUGAAUCCGCGAAAGAAAAGAUGGGUAUCCUUGAUCACUUCUCCGAGCUCUGCGAUUCUGGCCCCUCCCAUGACAGCAAGAAGCUCAAGCGCAAGCAGCUACAGACGGUGGAGAUCAGGGUGAAGAUCGAUUGUGAAGGCUGCGAGAGGAAAGUGAGGAAAUCGGUGGAAGGGAUGAAAGGGGUGACCCAAGUGGAAGUGAAUCCCAAGCAGCACAAACUGACGGUAAUCGGGUAUGUGGAUCCCAACAAAGUCCUGAACCGCGUCCGCCACCGGACGGGCAAGAAGGCGGAUCUGUGGCCCUACGUCCCCUACGACGUCGUCGACCACCCGUACGCGCCUGGCUCCUACGACAAGAAGGCGCCGCCGGGUUAUGUCCGCAACGUGAUGUACGACCCGCAGGCCUCUGCGCUGGCCCGGGCCACGUCCUUCGAGGUCAAGACCACUACCGCCUUCAGCGACGAGAAUCCCAACGCAUGCUCGGUCAUGUGAAGCGCCGGCGAGAUUUAGCGUUGGGUGGUGCUGUUUUGUGCAAUUGGACCAGUCAGUCUGUGUGGUGAUAUGCAAUGCACGAGUAGUUGUGAAUGGAGGGUUUUUGGUGACAUUUGGUCUCUGUUUUCCUGUGUUUUAUUUUUCCUCCUCCUUUUUUGGUUUGGCUCCCGCUUGGUUCUUACUUUUAUGUUGGUUUGUUUCUGUAUUGUAAUUCGUUGCACUAGUUGUGAUUGGGGAUUUUGCAAGUUGCUGCUCGCAGCUCGCUCCUUUUUAGCAGGUGAUGUUAGAACCAAGCGAGACAACUAGUGUCUACGGAUGCUUGGCACCAACUCCUCUAUUAAGAAGAAGAAGAAGAAGAAGAAGAAGAAGAAGAGAGCUAUCUUGCCAUUCCUCUCUCUGCAACCAAUACGAAUGACACAUUGUGCUGGACAGGUGACAUCUGGAUAUUCUUUUGGAAAUUGACAGGUUGAUGGUCGAUGGAUGAGGAAUCACAUAUGAGUCCUUCUAAUCUGACCAAGUUUUUUAGAAUGAAUCUAAUUGUUAUCUGUUUCUGUGGAUAUUUAAUGGUUUGAAACGUGUGUUGAAUGGGUUGAAUUUUGUUGGUUAGGGAGACUUAUUUUGUUGAGAGGGUGUGUUGAUUAUCUCCCACUGAGAUUGUAAUUGCUUUCUGGGCUGCCUGUAACUAUAUGCCAGGCAUCAGUUUAUGUUGUAUAAUUCCUCUAAGGAUCGUGGACAAGGAAGGGUUCAAUUGUAGGUAGUAGGAAUUUCUUUUGUUAAGAUUAGUGGUGUUGAUUUAAACAUUUUGAUAAGUUAGCAAACUGGAAUCAUGUAAACCUUUUAUAGUGAUUACGCUGCUGAAAACAUUUAAAUGCGGCUUUAUACUGCUGUUGUUACUUGGAGAAUAAAAUGAAAAAAUAUUUUUGUUUUGGAGACUCGUACUGUCAGUUGUGUGUCAAUGUCAUCGGCGGAUCUAGGGCUGGGCGCCCUCCGCCGGAUACAGAGCUAGUAUAGAGCUUAUAAAUUUUUCGAUCUAGGUAUUCGGCCCAGUAUUAUUUAAUGGUCGGUCGAGUGUUAUUUGAUAAUAAUUUUGUGUAGUUAGAAAAAUGGUAUAGAUGAACAUAUGCAAAUCAUUACUCUCAAUUUAGUUUAGGAAUUCUAGCCCGAAUGAUUUUCAUUUGAAAAAAAAAUAAUAAUAAAACCUAAAAGUCUAAAAUGUAAAAGAAUGUAUAAAGUUUCAUUGAAAUA